GGUUUCAUCAGCAGAAGAUAUAUAUAACACAUCCCAAUCCCUCAGUGACCCCCUUCCCAGCCGCCGCCGCCGCCAAGCGCCCCCGCGAGCCAGCUCCGGCGAAGCCGAUCCCGCGCGCCGAAGGCAAGGCAGGCAGGCAGGCAGCAUCAAGCAUGGCGGACGCGAAGGUUUUGCCCGCGGUGACGCUCCGCACGCGCAAGUUCAUGACCAACCGUCUCCUCGCCCGCAAGCAGUUCGUGCUCGAGGUUCUCCAUCCCGGCCGCGCCAACGUCUCUAAGGCGGAGCUCAAGGAGAAGCUGGCUAAGAUGUACGAGGUCAAGGACCCCAACUGCAUCUUCGUCUUCAAGUUCCGCACCCACUUCGGAGGCGGCAAGUCCACGGGGUUCGGCCUCAUCUACGACAACCUCGACUCAGCCAAGAAGUUCGAGCCCAAGUACAGGCUCAUCAGGAACGGUCUUGCUACCAAGGUGGAGAAGUCGCGCAAGCAGAUGAAGGAGAGGAAGAACAGGGCGAAGAAGAUCCGUGGUGUGAAGAAGACAAAGGCUGGGGACGCGAAGAAGAAAUGAGCAAGGAUUUCAGUGUACUUUAGACGUCUCGACUUUGAGUGCCACCUGUUCACCGUCCGAAUUUUUGUACACCGUAUCGCAAUGCUUUGAUCAAUUAGAAAGAGAAUUUUUGAGCUGUUUACAUCGUCUAUCUACUGGUACAUUUGAUUUGGAAAGGCAUAUAUCCCUGGUAUUGACCUGACUUUUGCGAUCUCUA